CAACACGCGGUGGCGGCGUGGGGCUGCACCGAACCGCCGCAGAGAGUCGCAUCGCAUGCAACCACGCCUCCCGCUUUUACUCCCUCCCACUGCCGCUGCCGCUGCCGCUUUUCACGUCGUUCUCCCAAUUAAACCUCCCAUCUCUCUCGCGUCGCAGCAGUGCCCUCCCACGGUCUCAGCUUAAUAAUUAAUUAGUCCAAAAAAAGGAUAUUACACCACCGACCAGCAUGCCGGCGGCGUCGUCGGGGCCGCACCGCCAGCUGCUCGGCGGCAUCCUCCUCCUCCUACUCCUGCUGCUGGGGCGGACGGCGGCGGUGGGGGCGCGGGUGACGGCGGUGAUCGUGUUCGGCGACUCGACGGUGGACGCCGGGAACAACAACGCGGUGCAGACGGUGGUGCGGAGCAACUUCCCGCCCUAUGGCCGCGACUUCCCGGGCCGCCGCGCCACUGGGCGCUUCUGCAAUGGCCGCCUCGCCACCGACUUCUACUCCGAGGCCUACGGCCUCCGCCCCUUCGUCCCGGCCUACCUCGACCCGGACUACGGCAUCCGGGACUUCGCCACCGGCGUCUGCUUCGCUUCCGCGGGCUCCGGCCUCGACGUCACCACCGCCGGCGUCUUCUCGGUGAUCCCGCUGUGGAAGCAAGUAGACUACUUCCGGGAGUACAAGCGGCGGCUGGCGGCGCACCUGGGCGCGGCGGAGGCGGAGGCGGUGGUGUCGGAUGCGGUGUACGCCAUCAGCAUGGGCACCAACGACUUCAUCGAGAACUACUUCGCGGGGACGACGCGGCGGUACCUGCAGUUCGGGGUGGGCGAGUACACCGACUUCCUGGUGGGCCUCGCCCGUGGCCUCCUCGUGGAGCUCUACGGCCUCGGCGCGCGCAAGGUCGCCUUCACGGGGCUCGCCGCCGCGGGCUGCCUCCCGCUGGUCCGCGCCCGCCGCAUGAUGUUCUGCGCCGAGGAGUACAACGCCGCGGCCAGGGCCUUCAACGGCGCGCUCCGCGGCAUGAUCGCCGAGCUCGCCGACGGCCUGCCCGGCGCGCAGCUCCGCUUCGCCGACGUCUACGACUUCUUCGCCGACAUCCUCGGCGACCCGGCACGAUACGGUUUCGUGAAGGCGGAGGUGGGAUGCUGCGGGACGGGGACGUACGAGAUGGGGUACACGUGCAGCGCGUGGGACGCGAGGACGUGCAGGGACGCGGACAGGUACGUGUUCUGGGACGCCGUGCACCCCACCGAGCGGGCCAACCGGAUCAUCGCCGAAUACCUCUUCAACACCACCUUCUCCCACUUCCUCUGAUCGAUCCAAUUCAUCUUCGACUUACUUGUAGUAUUAAUUCAUUUAGGAGUAGUAGUAUAAUUUUGGGGUAAUAUAUUGAUAUUGGAUUCGAUUCGAUUUUAUUAGCUUCUCUCUUGCAUUGGAAGCCCCGUUAGUAUUGGUAUGCCACUAUGCCCAUCGUGCCCAACGACGAGAUCGAUCCAUCCAUCCAUCGAACAGAUGUAGGAGUAGUUCUGCACUCAUCAUGUUAGCAAUAGAUGAAUAGAAAAGUUAUUCACUCCACCUACUGUCACUGCCGUGCAUAUGCUUUCGGGCAUGGUUUAUAUACCGUUUCCGACGUGAAAAGUGGUCACGGUCGGUUUAUGGAAAACCAUAAAAACUGGAAGCACAAAAAACCAGCUAAACCACCUGGUUUUCUUGAAAACCGAUAGGAAUUACGAACCUUAUUUCCUGGCAAAUAUAAGCUACAGAGUACAAUUCGGUUACAUUUUUUUUAUCAACCCGUUAAAUUUUUCUCCCAAAAAUAAGAGUUGAUUUUCUUGAAAUUAACUCAAAACUAAUCGGUUUCCAUUUACGGAUCCAUAGAAAAAUAACUAGCUAGAAGAAUAGUGACGUUUUGAUGGCAGCACGGAUGUGCUCUCCCUUAAGAGCAGAACUGAUUCUCAAAUCAAGUCUCCAGAAUUUAGACAUAGCAGCAUAGAAUAUUCCAAAAGCUACAGGGAAGAAAAAACUACCGAACGAUAUCAUCAAGCAGGAGCGCAAACAGGGAACAAGUAAAAACAAUCAGCUGAACAAGUCCUACUGAGCUCCAAAUUUUAUUCUGCUCUGCUACUCAAAAUUGUGUCAAACUGAACUGAAUUGUACAGACUAGUCAAGGUACAUACACGGAUGUACAGCCGGGAUCCAAGCUAGCUACCCUACCACAACAUUGCUACAACUCUGCCCAUCUACACCCACCUGGUUCUUUCCUUCCGGGCGGGUGGAUUGAUGGAUCUCACCAUCCUCGCCCUCGCCCUCACCUCCCUACCGGAGUUCUGAACUGAAACCGCCAUCCACGAUGACAAGAACAGAGUUGCCGGAAACCGGGUUUUGCAGGUAAAAGAACGUGCAGGGCGCAACGCAACACUCUACACACUUGCCUGUCGCUACCACGAGCAGCUGGUGAUGAUGCACUGAUCGCUAGUUGUGAGACGGGUUGGCGUUGGACCCGGGCACGUGGCGGCCGAGGCUGGCUCCCGGCCGCCGGAACGGCGCCGCCGUCCGCCACCGGCCGACGUCCAUCUCUUGCUUCUGCCCUCCCGACGCCGUCUCAGGCGACGUCCUCGCCGGCGCCACCAAUAGCUUCCUCGAGUUUGUUGUUGUCGUCGUCGCCGCCGCUGACGACGAGUUCACAAGAAGCAUCGCAGCUAGCAGGAGAGCCAAGCACUGUAACGAUCGGAAUCCGGCCAUCCUGUGGCUGCUGGUUCACUCGCUCAGCUAUACAGGGAACAGUGAGAGAUGUUCACGGUACGCUAGGUGGCUGUGAGAAAUGGAAGCAGGGGAAGUCUCUGCUUCUCCUGGUGGUGGUUAAAGGAGGGAAAGACGCACUUGUCUCGAUGAGAUUUGGAUCGGAGCUUAAGAGGCAGGUGAUGGUGGUUUGUGACCUUAAUUGUCCUGAUGGUGGU